AUGUUGGCGGUGAUUGUCGAUGACCAGCGUGACAUCAGCACGGUGAAGCAGCGGCUAGGGACCAUCGUCAGCAAACGCAGAAAGGUCGAGAACCACAACGGAGAAUUUUGGAUUUAUUGCAAAACCGAUAAUACCCUCGAUAUUACCCUCGGAUCUUUAACGACCGGGUGUCGAGGUAGUGUGAGAUUUGGAACUUAUGAAGAAGACGAGUUUGCCCAUUUGCAGCCAUUGCAGCGGCUUUUAAAGAAAUUUUUGCGCUCCAGAGGUUCAAUUGUGUCUGCAGAACCACAACUAAUAGAAACCUGUCCCAAAACAUGGACUUUAUACAAGCCAAUGGUUCUCUUUGGAGCCAACAGUUUUGGGUGCAAAUUAUGGAAUGAAUUUUUGUCGGAAUAUGGACCGGAUUUCUUCAAGUAUAUCUUGCAAGAUGAGCUUUUUGCAAAAUAUACCCAUAUAGCCAUCAACAAACCAAUUCAAAACGAUGACGUCAUGCGGCGGCCGUUUUCUAUCACACCUGUUUUUGGCGAUUUUGGACCGGAACCCAAUGACAAAAUUUUCAACGAGCCUACAAAAAAGGAUUUCGACCAAGCGUUCUGGUGCUCUGCUGUCCAGAAUGGAAUCUACCAGGAAUGGGCACCUCGGUUUACCAUGUUUUCUCGAGGCAAUAUUAAGGAAAAAAAACGAGUGUUGCAAUUUGGCUGCGAAAAAGACGAUUUUGUCAUUGAUAUGUAUGCUGGAAUUGGGUACUUUGCUUUGUCUUAUUUGCACAAUGGGGCAACUGUGUUUUGCUGGGAACUCAAUCCGUGGUCCAUUGAGGGUCUCAAGAGGGGUUUGAGUGCUAAUGGUCACAACCUAAGAAUUUUUCAGUCUCAAGAUGAAUUUACUUUGGAUCGUUUUAACCAGCUCAGAAAAGAAGGAGUCACUGCAUUUGUAUUUGCUGAGAGCAAUAUACACGCCGUGGACCGACUAAGCGUUUUGAACAAUCCGAAAAUUCGCCAUAUCAAUCUUGGCUUGCUUCCCUCAUCGCGAGAUUCGUGGAGCGCAGCGAAAAAUUUGGCUGCGAAAUCUUCAAUUUCUACAACUAUCCAUGUCCACGAAAACGUACAUAUAGGGGAGAUUGACACAUUUGCCAAACAGAUGGGGGUCCAGUUUGGCACUGUGGAACAUGUGGAAAAGGUGAAGACAUUUGCCCCGGAUAUUUGGCACAUAGUUGUGGAUGUAAAAGCGAAGAAAAAUGAGAAUUGA